AUGCCUCCCCGGCUCCGCUCUGUGAACAGUCGGGAGCCGUUAUCCGUGAUCUUCUGUAACCGGACUUGCCGCCGGGUGCUCCCCUUCUGGGUCAACUUCGAGGGGCACCCGACACCCUACCGGAUGCUGCUGCCCGGCACUGGCCGCAGGAUGAGCAGCUACCUCGGCCAUUUUUGGUUAUUCAGAGAUGCAAACACAGGGGACAGACUUCUUGUUAACCAGACGGAGCUAUUUGUGCCGACUCUAAAUGAAAAUGGGCAGCCUGUUUUUGCCAACAUCACACUCUCAGUUUAUACACUGAAAGAGAGAUGUCUUCAAGUUGUUCGUUGUCUGGUCAAGCCUGAGGACUACAGGAAACUGGACAUCGUGAGGUCAUUGUAUGAUGAUCUUGAAGACCACCCUGAUAUCCAGAAGGACCUUAGGAGGCUUUCACUGGAGUACCUUGAAAAUCAAGUGAAUAAAGAUUAAGAGACUGCUUCUGAGGCUUUACUGGGGAAGCCCUUGAGUAAUUUUAUCUGUUCUUUUCUUUACUCUCAGGUUCAGAGUAUCUUGUGCUCAAGAAGUAAAAUAUUCUAAUGGUAAUGGUUGCUUCAGGAAUUAGAACAUUAACAUUUUAAGUCUGUAACUGAGAUGUUAACUGUAACUGGAUUCAUUGGACUUUGUGAUGUUUAGGAGUUGUGAUCACAAAAUGCAUUUUAAUGAGUGUCCUCUUUGGGAAUAUCAUCUACCUUCAGUGACUUGGCUGCUG